AAGUACUCUCCUACAGCCUGCCUCCCCCAGGGUACCCCCCUGCGGCCUGCCCUCCGCCUUCCCCUGGGAACCCCCUGCGGCCUGCAUUUCCCUCCGGUUUCCCCAAGUACUCUCCUACAGCCUGCCUCCCCCAGGGUACCCCCCUGCGGCCUGCCCUCCGCCUUCCCCUGGGAACCCCCUGCGGCCUGCAUUUCCCUCCCGUUUCCCCAAGUACUCUCCUACAGCCUGCCUCCCCCAGGGUACCCCCUGCGGCCUGCCCUCCGCCUUCCCCUGGGAACCCCCUGCGGCCUGCAUUUCCCUCCGGUUUCCCCAAGUACUCUCCUACAGCCUGCCUCCCCCAGGGUACCCCCCUGCGGCCUGCCCUCCGCCUUCCCCAGGGCGUCCCCCCGCAGGUAGCCGGCUCAGCGGUGCUCGUCGCCUGGCCCAGCCGCCCCCCAAGCUGAGCUCUGCCCCGAGCCCACUCGCUCGGGCUGACGCGCAGCUGUUUGUCAGGCGGCCGCCGGCCAGCUAUGGCAGAGGCGGGGUCAUGGGCGGCUGGGCCGGGCUUGUCUCCAUGGUGACCGUAUCAACAAUCUCCGCGGCGUGUCUGCGCCCGGCCAUGGCCCUGGCCCCGGCCCCGGCCCCGGCCCCUUCGCUUGGAUGGGCACCUAGUCUACAUUCACCUGAGAGUUCAAAUGACCAAAUACAGACUGGUAGUCUGAAACGCAUCCUUCUGAAGAAACGAAAGACUCUGGCCUAUCAGUUUUCUGUUGGAGGUCGUUUGUCCACAUGGCCUGCAUAUGCAUCUGGGCAGGCUAUCUUACAGAAUCAGAAACCCUGUUGUAGUCCAAAAGGGAGAAGCAAGAAACUGGCUUCUCUUACCAUUGCAAAACCACGCUACCUGGAGGAGCUGGAAUCCUACCUAAGGAAAGAGCUGCAGUCUCUGGACCUGACUAAAGAGAAUGCUCAAGAACUUAAGCUCCAGCCUUAUAGAGAGAUCUUUGAGUUCUUCAUAGAGGACUUCAAAACCUACAAGCCCCUGCUGUCUGCCAUAAAGAAUGAGUAUGAAGUUACAUUGGCUCACCUGAGGGAGAGGAUCCGCUCCCUGGAGCCCUUGAAGGCAAUGCUGGUGUGUGUGUCAGAUGAAUGCACCCGGCAGAUCGUGGCACUCCAGGAGGAGGAGAAAGCUGAAAUAAUGACGCUGAAGAAAGAGAAACUGCGUUUGUUAAAGCUUAUCGACAAAAUGAAGGAUGAGAAGGGCUCCCUGCAGACUCAGGUGAACAUGCUGCGGAAGAAUAUGGCCAAGGAAUACAUGCACUACAUUAAUGAGUAUGACGCACGCAAGCUGCUACUAGCAGACCUGAAUGAAAUGCGCAAUCAGCAGUUGGAAAUGUCGCUUCGCCAAGUCCAAGAUGUCAAGGGUGAAGACUUGUUCAAGGUAACGCUGGCAUUGAAGAUAGCUCGGCAGGACCUCACGAAAGCCCAGGUGGAGCUGAACAUGAUGAAAGCAGAUUAUGGAGACGUUGUACCCAGGAGAGACUUCGAAUCGCAGGAGAAAAAAUAUUCUGAUCUGUUUGAGAAGAUGGAAGUCCUGCAGAAGGAUUUUGAUGACUUCCAAAAGAAGUAUGACACUCUGUUGGAAAUCCACCAAGAGACUGUGGAAGAGCGAGACUGCUUCUACAACGAACUCCAGCAAGUUCAGCGCAGCUCCACGCCCCGGCCUGACUGGGCAAAAUGUGCAGAGGUGAUUUCUGGUGGGCCUGAGCGGUGGAGCUAUCUGGAAGAGGGGAAGACCAGUGACCAGCUGGUGGAUGUGCUUCUGGAGGAAAUAGGAACAGGAGUGCUGAAGGAGAAAGACUCCUUCCCUGGGCUGGGCAAAGGGGACAAGGUCCCUGUGUACCUGAGGUAUGAAGGCCAGGUGAAGAACAAGAAGCUAAACAAAAAGGAUGUGGUGAACAUCCUGAAGGAGAUCUGGAAAGAGAAAGUUUCAGCAGAUCUGCAGAAAGGGAAGCAAUCCAGCCUUCCAGAAUUCUUCCUUAACUACCUCCAGAAGAGGUAUGGAGAUGCCUCUGCCUUUGAAUGGGCUUACACCAUCUAUGAAAACAUCAAGCUGUACCGCUCAAACGAAGCCAUGAGCUUGUUCUAUGACAUACUGAGUGGGAAGGUGGAUGAAGGAAUAUACCAUAGCCAGAACCAGCUAAUCUCCAACCUGCUGAAGGAGCUGAUGGCCAGUGACAGUUCAAACAGCGGAACUCUCAUGACUGAACAGUUCAACCUGGCACUGAGAGCAGCUUGUCCCUUGAAAAGUAAUAAUCAGAUCCAGGAGCUAAUAGAUGCAAGCAGGUACAAGGCACAAAGCACAGAGGACUUCAUUGACUACAGAUCCUUAUUCAUGGAGGACGAGGAGGGCAACGCUGAGCCCUUCAUUGUGAAGAUCAGGAGCCAAUAUGCUAGCGAGAAGCAGGAGUAUCUAAGAGAACUGAGGAAUGAGCUGGGCCACAUGCCGGAGGUGCAAGUGGACAAUCUGAAGACAGCCUUUGGUGCCAUUGAUCCUGCUAUUGAUGACCUAACACUGGAUGCCUACAUUUGCCUGGCAUUCCAGGCCUCAAAAGAACAGUGGGAUCAGAGUGGCUCUCUGCCUGUGGACACAGUAGUUGAAAGACUGCUGGCUGGAGACACAAAACGAAUAGGUCCCCUUCCUGAAGAGAUCUACACAAGCCUCUCAGAACCGGGAAAGGCAGAGGCCUACAAUUAUUGUUAA